CGAUGACCUUUCUGGAAGCACCCAAUCUACGCUAGUUUACACCUGUUUACACCUGCUCUAAAACAGCAGGUAUUUUAAAUAAUUCCUUUUACUAUUUUUGUUGAAAUUGUAACAGUAGUUUUAGAUAAUAUUGAUAUAUAAUAUAUACAUAUCCUAUAUGUAUAUAUAAAAAUAACUUUAAAUAUGCCAAAAAACUAUAGACAAUAAUGUUUCACAAAAUAAAUUUGAAGUUAUGUCGCCUAUGCGGCAAGGAAAGACAGCAAGGCACCAAUUUAUUUACAGAUAAAACCAAAGGAACAGUGUUAAUGUCAAUUAUCAACAAAUAUUUCUCUAAAGAGGUGAUAAAUAUAUCAAAUUCCGAUGUGUAUUCUAAAUAUGUUUGUAUCGACUGCGAACAAAAAAUUUGUGUAUUCGAUGAGUUUUAUUUAAUGGUAGCGAACGUACAAAAACAGAUUGCAGCUCCAUCAUUGGACAUUGAUUUUGCAGAGAGUAUGUUGCGCGAAUUGAAAGAAAAGGAUAAGUUACCAAAAAAUACCUUGGCGAAACAAGGGAUAAAAAGGAGUACAUGUACGAUAUGCGCGAAAAGUUUUAGAUGUCAGGCACACUUAAACAGACACAAGCGGAUUCAUACAGGACAGAGACCGUUUGUUUGCAAUAUUUGCAGAAUGUCCUUCAACCAACAAGAAAUAUUGAUGAAGCAUAUAGAAAGACACGAUGGCAGAAAACAAUUUCAAUGUGCCAAUUGUCAUCAAUCGUUUCGAUAUAAAGUAUCGUUAAAGUCUCACGUGAUAAAUUUCCACCUGGACACAGAGAAAUGUGCCAGCAACCAAAAUCUACAAAUAGAAAACAGUUUGUUUGUUUGUUCCGAUUGUGGUAAACAGUUUGUGACAAAAUACAAAUUGCAGAGGCAUUCAAGGUGUCACACCGGAGAGAAACCUUACCAUUGCACCUUGUGUAUGAAAACAUUUUCGCAGACUAGUAAUUUGAAGGUACAUCAGGUGAAAUAUCAUCAAAUACCUGGUUCUUUAACUGAACUGAGAAGGCAGGCUCAAUACAGUAACGAAAUAGUUGAGCACGAUGUACCUGUAACGUUAAACAAUUUUUGUAGCGUUAACAUGUUAGAGACUGAAUUAGAGAGUACAAUAAACGAAACAAUGAAUUCCACCGAACAAAGUGGUUCGUACGCGGCAAAGACUUACGAGAAUCCUUUGUAUGUUGACAAUGAGAUUGAGACAAUUUUGGAUCAUGAUCUUGGCCAACUGGAGCGAAACAAAUAUUCUACAAAUUUGCAAGUCAAAGAAUCUCUUUGUUUAAAGCAACCAGAAAUCCCAGAAUUAUUGCAUAAUUUAUUGUACGACGAUGAGUAACUUUAACUGUUUAAUUUAAUUUUCAUAAGGUGACUGUUUCUAGCAAUAAUAACUAGAAAUGUAAAAAUUAUUAAUAGCUGCAGCAAUGACCUUUAAGGCAUUACAACAUUUUUAUCAAGUAAAGUAACAGUUUUAUCGAGUAAGUCUUUGACAAAUGUAUACAACUAUACUAUUAAUGUAUAUAUUCUAAAACUGUAGUGAAUCGAACUGUGUAAGCAAUUUAUCAUGAUCAGUCUUCAAAGGAAAUCAUACAAAGCUCACUUUAGCAUUUGUCUGCUAAUGACUUCAAGAUUUUGCAUCUAAAAAUUAUCAGUGCAUCAAUUUGCAACCACUUGCAAACCACUUUGACAAUGUUAAGGCACACGCUAAGAUAAACGAUACAAUACUAAUAAGCAAAACUUCCUUUUGUUUUAUCUCUAUAUAAAUAUUUUAGUAAUAAAAGUAAUCAUGCGAUUAUAAAAGAGAUCAGUUAUCAUGAUUUGGCAAAUGCAUCAUUAGAAAAAAUGAAUCGCUAUAAAUAAUAAUAGAACUUUAAUAGUUCUUUAGUGCCCAUUUUAAAGACAAUAAGUUUCAUUUCAUAACUUAAAGAUCACAACUUUGUUUGGUCUGUAAGAAUCUUAUAUAAAAUGGCUUGUUUGUAGUCCACAUAUAUUGUUAUUACUUUUGUUCGUAAUAGUCUUUCAAGUACUUCACAUGUAACUUAAUAAAAUCUGGUUCUUCUUUA